CGCUACUUCCGGUGUAGCUACUUCCGCUUUACGCCUCUCCUCCUCGUUCACAGAGAUGACGGCUACACUGCGCCCGUAUCUGAAUGCGGUCCGGGCCACGCUGCAGGCCGCUCUGUGUUUGGAGAACUUCUCGUCUCAGGUUGUGGAGCGGCACAACAAGCCCGAGGUGGAGGUCAGGAGCAGUAAAGAGCUGCUGCUUCAGCCAGUAAUCGUCAGCCGAAAUGAGAAGGAGAAGGUUCUGAUCGAGGGCUCCAUAAACUCAGUGCGAGUGAGCAUUGCUGUCAAACAGGCCGAUGAGAUCGAGAAGAUCCUGUGCCACAAGUUCAUGCGGUUCAUGAUGAUGAGGGCAGAGAAUUUCUUCAUCUUAAGGAGGAAAGCAGUUGAGGGCUAUGACAUCAGUUUUCUGAUCACAAACUUCCACACAGAGCAGAUGUACAAACACAAACUAGUGGACUUUGUCAUUCACUUCAUGGAGGAGAUCGACAAAGAGAUCAGUGAGAUGAAGCUGUCUGUCAAUGCCAGGGCCAGGAUUGUCGCCGAAGAGUUCCUCAAAAAUUUCUAAUUGAAAAAACCCCAAACCCACAUUCCUUUUGCUACGUUGACCGUCGUCUGUGGAGUGCUCACGAAGAAGCCAUUUUGAGACAAACAACUUUCAACUUUGACCUUUACCCCAAAACCCCUGUGCUCACCAACUACAUUCACAUUUGUAAAUAAUGAAAAUACUCACAUUAGACAUUAGUUUUUCUGCCUUACAACACAAGUACUUAUCAGGGCAGGUCCUUAAAGAUAUAUUUUACAUAUUGAGCACAGGGUUACAUGUGUUUGUUAUCAAAUAAUUUAAAUGUUUUUUAAUAUAUGAGAAACUAUAAUAUACUUCACUUCAUUUUGCAGUGUUAGACUUAAACACAAACUCAAAAUGCAUGUGUAGAAACUGAUUUCGACCCCGCUGUAGAUUCACAAACAAAUGCUGUGGACAGAAUAAAAUCAUUAUUCUUUGUAAA